AUGGUCAAGGCGACCGUCAGGGCGUUCAAGAGCACGGUCGCGAAAGCGUCGGGCGUCGUCCUGGACUGGAUUGCUAUCGCAGCAUUCGCGCAGCAGCAGUUCAAACUACGCGCGAUCUAUGAUAUUGAUCGGGAUCCUGGACAGCAAUCCGGAGAGGGCAAUUUCGAUCACCAGUAUUCGGCUGCGUUCUGUGACGGCGGCGACUUCCUGCCCACGUCGUUCAUGAGCAAUGCCCAUGUUCGAGGGAACCUGUCGCUUUUUGUACCGGACAUCGAGGCAACCCUCGCUCGCGGUUUGCCGUACAUUCUUGGGGAGACCAACAGCGUCGCAUGCCAUGGCGCGCCCGGGGUCAGCAACACCGCCGGCGCCGCGUUGUGGGCGGCCGACUACACUCUCCAAGCAGCCAUGCUGAGCAUCGCCGAUGUCUUCUACCACGAAGGCAUCGGCUACAAGUACGGGAACGCGCGCGUCGUCGAGCUCGACGUCGGCGACAACAACGUCGCGUGCUACGUGGCAUACGAGCACGGCCGCCUCUUCCGCGCCGUGUUCGUCAAGCUGCAUGCGUGGCUCGCGUCGUCCACCGGGGCGCGCCCGAGCGUCCACAUCGACCUCGGCUUCGCGCGCGGCGUGGGCGCAGCGGGGAACGCGUUCUGGCACGGGGGCGGGAAGGCGCGCGCGAAGCAGCUCGUCAUCGGGCACGUGGACGACACCGAGGGCCUGACGUGGGCGGGGCAGAGCUACGAAGACAGCGGGGACGUGUCGCCGACGGGGCGGAUGAUAAACAAGGAGGUCGUGCUGAACAAGGGGUUGGAUUUGCGCUCGACGGAGGCGGUCUUGUUGUUCUGA